AUGGAGGAAAGCAACGUGGCCGAGGAGGCCGUGCAGAGCGCUGCACAGGAAGAACACACAAAUGAAAAGAAGGGGCAAAAUGAGGAAAACGCACCAAGUGGGGAAAAUGCCCCCAAUGGAGGAGAAAACGUCCCAAUUGGAGAGAAGACACUCACUCCAGAAGACUUCCAAUGUGAUGAAAACAAAAUUGUUUACACGAAGAAUGAAUUCCUAUACGCCUACGUUGAACUGAUCCUGAAUGAGAAGGGAUUGGGGGAGGACCAUGACGUCCCCCUAUGCAGCAACCAGUUUAAGUUCCCCGAGUUACUGAACGACGUAAGAAAAGGGGACGAUGAGAAUAACCACUUGGGAGGUGAAGAAGGAGAAAAUGCUCACAACAAAAGUAACGCAAUUGGGGAUGAGGAGGAUGGAGGUGUCUUCAAUAAGCAUCCUCACUACAGAAACUUCGCAGAAAGAGCAGGCGCUCCUUCAGGGUUUUUUAACAACGAAAAUGACAGUAGAAGGAUUAGAAAUGACUUUUUCACCAGAGAUGGGAAUAACUUCCUGAACAAAAAUAAUUUUCCAGAUUCGACCGAUUCGAACAAUCCGCUAAACAACCAGAAUAGGAGAGGUAACCAUUUGCUAAAGAACAACAGGUUUAUCAAGUUCUUCGAUGGAGGGAAUACAGGCGCGCCUAACAUUAGUGGUGGCAACAACAACAACAACAACAACAACAGCAACAACAGUGGUAACCACCCCUAUGGAGGUUCUAAGAACCAGUUUGAAACUGCCCUAGGGGAAAGCACCAACCGAAACAGCUUCACCAGGAAGACGAAUUUCCAUACCGAUGGAAACAACCCCGCUUUCGUCAGCCAAAACAAUGCCGGCAAUAACGCCCUGGGAAGUAACCCCAUGGGAGGUGGUGGCCCAUUAGGUAUUAACAGUGGAGCGAACAAAACUUUGUGGAGGGAGUUCGAUAAGGGCAUUUCCUCCUGGAGGUCCUCCAAAACGAAUAACAAGCAAAACGAAAAUGUGAAGAAUGAUCCAAAGAUAAGAGGUGCUUCCAAAGGGUUUAGCAAAAGUUUUGCAGAUAAUAUGAAGAUGACUUCCCCUUCUUCGCAAAAUUCAGACGACGAAAAUGAGAAUAAUAACGACGCGGUAAGGACUGUGAACAGGAGUAACUACCCCAAGGAUAGGGGACCAAUGCACAUGAAGAGGGAAGACAUGUUUAGCGACCACCCCUUUGCUUACAAAAAUAUGAGUAUGAAUAAUAACAUGGGCCAAAUGAACAACAACAGUGGUGCUUUUAUCAACCACUUUAACAACACCACUACGGCUGCUACUGCUGCUGGUUAUGGCUACCACUUGGGAGUCAACCCCAUGGGGCGCCAUGCACAGGACAACCACGACGGAGUACGUAGUAACGCAGCAGCUGUGGGGGGAGACAACACCACCAACAAAAGAUCAGUGGAGAAUGCCCCUGGCUUGUUAAACCAUUCAAAUGCACAAAACAAAAACUUCAACUUUACCUCUCCCCCUUCUGCAUUUUAUGGCAAUAAAGGAAUUGGCAGCAGCGGUGGGCCCAAAAAAGGUUACAACGAUCUGCACAACAUGAUCGGUACGAACGCCACGGGCAGCACUGCAGCGUUCCUCGCAGCGAGUAGCGGCAUGGCAGGCAUCAACAAUGUCAACGCGGCUGACGAUUGGAAGAUGAAAAAGUAUAAGAAGGUCCCCACUGGUGGGAACAACCCAGAGCAGCAACAACAACAAUCGCAACAACCGUUACAACCGCGCAUGGGGGAAGAGAAGGCCAAGAGAAGAGACGGCCGAAAUGAAUUCACAAAUAUGUUUAUGAACAAGGGGAACGACCCCAGCAAGGUAAACAUGCAUAACAUGGGGUCUAUACACGAGAUGAAUUUGUACAGUUAUGGUGGAAGCGGUACCAGUGGAGGAGCCUCCGCCCUUGCUGGAGGGAUGCACCCAAAUGUGACUCAAAAUAUGAAGGCUGGCGGAGCGGGUAAUUUCAAAAAUGCAGACAUGAUCAGUAGUGACAUGAAGGAUGGACGAGGCAACCACGGCAUCGACGAAAUGAAUAGAACUGGGGUUAGUGGUACAUCCGAUGGACUGCUUAACAAUAUGGGGAGGAAGAUGAGGAGAGGUGAAGCAGGAAUGGGAGGCAACUUUUCCGCAUCCCACGAUAUGAUGAGGGGUCCACUCGGCCACACCAGCGGAGGAAACAACCAAACUGGUAUUGGCAGUACACCCUUUAAUACCAACAGAAGCGCAAAGGGAAAUCAAAAAAGAGACACCAAAAAUGAGAAGAACGUAAUGGAAGAUGACUGGAGCAACAUAAGGAGGAAGUCCAGCUUUGUUGACAACAAAAAGGCGACGGACGAUUUUAUGUGGCACAAAAUGAGCGAGCAGUUCGAUAAGAACAACAAAAUGUCCUUCGAUUCCAUUUACCUAAAAACGGAUCAGAGCGUCAUAGCCACUUUAGGCGGAAUAAAGAAUCAUCAUCAGAACAGUGUGGGGGGAGCAAAGAAGGCAAACGAUGGCUCCUUACUAGGUGUUACUCCCAACAGUGGGGGGUUAAAGCCGAAUGAGCAGCAGAAGGGCGCCAACAGUCUGCACCCUUCGGCGGAGGACAAACCGGGAGAUGGGAAUGUAAAUGGAAACAACAAACUAACGACGGAAAAGGGAAAAAAGAAGAAGAAGGCAGAUAAAGAUGGUGCAAAGGAUAAUCAAAACGGUCAACAGAAUGGUCAACAGAAUGGUCAACAGAACGGUCAGCAAAACGGACAAAUGAACCCUAAGGACACAAGUAAUGAUAAUACAUAUAAUUCCUUUCAUGGAGAAAAUAAUUCUGCCCUUCAUGAAAGCAGCUACUAUAAAUUUGCCCUUAGUGAAAAAAAAUAUGUCCAUAAGAAUAAUAACGUUAGCCUUAACCCUACCCUUAACCCUAACCCUAAUCUUGUGAAUGUUAAUGUUAGUACAAAUAAGGGUAAAAAUGUGAACGAUAAAAAGGAACUCAUUUUUAAUAAAUUCCAUAAUGUUGAUAAAAUCAAUUUACAGGAAGAACAUAGGGGAAUGUUGAUGGUUGGCCAGAAAAUUGAUGAGCGCGACGUGGGCAGGGAGUCCAGCCAGCAGCCCUACCGCAUCAUGGGUGCUCCUCCCUCCACGCAGCAACAGCAACAGCAACGAUCACAACAACAGACGCAACAGCAAACGCAACAGCAUAACUAUGGCGGCCUACUCCCAACGCACGGUAACAUCAUCGGAAAAACGGACAAACGGAACUUCUUCGACAUCAAUAAGAAUGCCAAACCAGGCUACCCCUUCCAGGAAAAGGACAACAACAGUAGCAGCAGCGGCAACCUGAACGAACGAUACUUCCUAGCCAAUCGAUACGCCAAGUAUGACCAUUUUAAGAACAGGAAAAUUUCAGAAGACAGGGACAGCAUGAUGGGAAUCAUCCCGCAGGAGAGUCUCCUGCAGAAGAUUAAAAGGAAAAACAUCAGCACGGUACACAGCAUGAACAUGAACAAUGUGAGUAACCAGAAUGACGUGCGUUCUGUGAACAAUUUACAAAAUCUGAACAGCGCGGACCACACUAGUAAUCUCAACAACAGCGAUGCGAACGGUGGUAUUUUUCCCCAACAGAGCAAUCACAAGGAACACGGAGGUGCCCUCCCCAUCAGUCACAUGAAUCAACAGUUUAACACAAAUCAGCUCAUGAACAAACGAAACGGCAGUUUAGUCGACCUGGCCAGUAACCCCAACUGUAUGGACGAAUCGGUCAGUAGUAAUAACAUAUCGUACCUCCUCUCCGUGAUGAACAAGGCACAGACAGCAGGAACAGCACCACCAAGCGAUGUCACCGUCAUGAGAUCCACGCCGACCACUACGAACAGAGGCGGAAGCGCCCUCCUUACCAAUGCAGUGAAGGGUACAAGACCGUCCCACCCGAACCUAAACCAACCACAUAUGAACAACCAGAAAUACUACACCACACCAGAUAUGAACAGAAGCAAUGAAGAAGGUCCAAUGGAUAAAGAACAGCUAACAAUGAUGGAAAAACAAAAUAUCCUUUUAAAAAAAAUUAUGAGCAAAAUAAAAAUGGAGGAAAAUAUAUACAACAAAUUAAGCGAAAGUGAAAAAGAAGAAUUUCUAAAGGAGCUAAUUUUAACGAAUGCGAAACAUGUGGAUUCGUAUGGAUAUACGCAAGAAGAUACGUCGUCCUCUCAGCUCCACAUGAUGGGGAAAAAUAUGCAUCACUCGGUUAUGGGAACUAGUGGUGGCCUUGAAGGGACACACCUAAAUUUGAAAAACAGCACCGGUAGCAUGGAGCUUAUCAAUCACAUGUAUGGAAGCAGUGCCGGAAUGAAGGGCAGGGACAGUAGAUCCAAUGUAGCCACAACGAACAUUGCUGCAUCCCCGUUUGGGAAUAACUACCCCAAAGAACGGGGAGAAGAUGAACUGGCUCGCUAUCGCCGCGACGGGGAAGACAAAAUCGAUGAUGGAAAUAAGGACCAGGGUAACUUGAAAAAUAAUAUUAAUCAUAUGAGCAAAAAUGAGGCCUUUCCCUAUGCGCAGCAAGGGGAAUUCGCGGGUCGGCAUCAUCUGUAUGAGGGAGAGAAGGAAAGCCAUUCGGGUAAAACUGCUGCUGGACAUGCAGCCAGCCAGGCAAACAUCUCCCCCCCAGUGCAGAGUGACAAAAAGAGCUCCUUCAUGAAUGUAAGCAGGUGGCUAAAAUACUUCAGCAGGGAUAAGGGGAACGACCAGGUGGAAGGUGCUCACGUAUCAGUGCAGGAAAAGACCAUGCAGAUGAAUGAAGUGCAUCACAUGCACGAAGACAAUGGGGGAAGUUGCACAGAUAAGGGGACCACCCCAUCCGGAGGAGUGGUGACAACCGCAUAUGGUUAUAACACGAACGGAGUAAUAACCCCAGGUAGAAAUGCCCCACAGAAAGGUCACAAGAACAGUAAUGCUGAUUAUACAGGGGAUUCUUCAAACCAUUUGCAUGAAGAACCGAAAGUUGUAAAAAACAUACUCAGUGCUAUGAAGGAGGAGAAGAAACAUCAACCAUACGACAGGGUGGACAUUAUUUCCUCCCCCCCUUGUGCUCUUAAUGAAAAGGUUAGCAGCGGUAUCCCCACGGGGCGUAGUAAUCUCUUGGGGGAUUUUCCUCACAAGGGAAUGAACUCCACUGGAGAAGGACCACACAAAAGGAGUGAUAACCAGAGCAAUGAGGAUAUAUCCAACAACCACUACAUACACGUCAUGAACAGAAUAAAUAAAAUUAGAGGAGAUGUGUGGCAGUACAAAGAUCCCGCAGGAAAUGUUCAAGGUCCUUUCUCUUCCGAGUUGAUGUUCUACUGGUGGUCCCUGAAAUACUUUCCACAGAAUUUACCCAUUCGAUUUAGUGAGAAUAUGCCUUGGGUUAGCUUCCACGAAAUGUUCCCUCCUGGGACGUUUCCUUUUGUUUUUCCACUGACCAGUUUUUCUAAAAAUAAUUACACCAUGGUGAAGAAGGAUAACGAGCACUCUUCUUCCGCUCAGCAGAAUAGCGACACGAACAACUACCUCUACGCCAAUGCCACUGCUAGCCACCUAACUGGUAUAAACCAUGUGAACCAUUUGGUGAAGAACCAGGAUAAUUUAUCAGCCAAGGGUUACAACAUAGAUGUGGCGAAGAACCCAAGGGGGAUUCUAACACAGCCAGAAGGAACAACAAAAACAAUCUGCAUGUACAAUGAAAAAGAGUAUGCUGACGUCCGUGAUGGAGGGAAACCCAAAUCGGAAGGACUCAUCCCAGAGAGAGGAGAAAGAGAUAAAAAUACCCCGAGAAGGACAGUAAAUUCCACCAGUAGUGGUAGCAGUGCUCGUACCGAUAAGGAAGUCACUGACAUGGAAAAGUACCUCCACUCGGAUGACGAUCGGGACGAUAAUGCUAAAACAGCGACGCAGACAUACAAGGCGAAGGGAAACAUGCAAAGUCAGAAUAAUUACGCCAGAUCGCAUAAUUCCGUAGUAGUACCUCCCAUCGCCGCAGAAGCAGCAAUAGGGGCGCAGAAGUUUCCCUUAAAUUACAAAGACGGAGGAAGCGGCAUGGAUAACUCGUCACACCACACGAGAGGAGAUGUUAGUAGAUUCUUUCCAAGUGCUCCCCACCAGGACACCAAAUUACCCACCGGGGAGAGAGGAACAAAUCUUCCACAUAAAGAAGCAGAGCAAGAUCAGGAUCCCUUUUCCAGGACAAUCAGAUGGAUGCCGGAAAAAAUGACCAACUUUCCAAAAAUGUUCGAAUUUGCACUUAGCGAGGAGAUACAAAAGGAGGUAGGGGAAAAGUUACCUCCAGGUGGAGUUCCUUCCCAACUGCACAACAAUAAUGUGGCACACCUAAACAAGAGUCAGCACAGAGCUGUGGAUGAAGAAGAAGAAGAGGUUUCCACAAAACUGCGCGACAACAACAGUGGUAACCUUAAUGACAAGCAAAUGAACAAACACACAGUUAGUCAUGUAUCCAAUGCGAAAACUACAGCGAAGGGGGGCAACGAACAACCCAGUGAUAAACUGAACACACAGGGUAAAAGUAACAACGUGGUGGUUAGUGAGGACACUCUUCUUCCCCCUUUAACCGAAGCAAACUCCAAACGAAGCGUUGCCCACCAUGACGGAAGCGGAAAACAAGCUAAGGAGGGCAAAGCCACUGCCGGGAAACCGGAAAAGGAAGAGGACACCAGCGAGGGAUACGCCACUAUGAAGAAGGAUAAAAAGGGAAAAAAGGAAAAGCGCGAAAAGGGAGAAAAGGCAGACAAAAGCGAUAAGACCGAUAAAGCAGAUAAGGUGGAAAAGACGGAGAAGAAGCGAAACAAGACCAACGAAAGUGCCAAAGCAAAGGAAAAGAACCACCAACAGGUGGAUGGACAGAUUGACCCGGGGACAACUAGUGAGGUUGGGGCGAACUGGGAGGAAGCAAAGAAAAAGCGAAAGGGAAACGACAUAGAUAAGGCUAAAGCUGAUGAGGGCGAAAAGGAGGUAGCGAAAAAGAGUAACAACACCAAAAAGAAGAAAAAGGAAAGUGGUGCAGAGGUGGUGGGUAAGAAUGGCGAAGCACUCCUACCGCAACAGUUGGAGUGCGAGAAGAAGGCCAAGAAGGAGGAAAAGAAGGCGGACGCCAGCAAAGCCGGAACUCCCAUCGCAGCAAGCACGUCCAGCGCAGUUAACACCAAGGGGACCGAAAAAAAAACGGAAAAAAUGAAAUGGAGCAUAACGGGCGAGAGAAAAAUAGACAAGCUGGUGGACAUCAUGAAGGGAGAACAGAAGAGUGUAAAUAUGAGAAUAAAAAUGGAAAACUCUAAAAAAAAAAUGGCAGCAAUUGCUAACGGAAACAACGCAAGUGGUGCCAAUGGCACGGUGAAGAAAUCUGGCUGGGACGUCUCCUUCAGCACAAAUGUGAAAAACUCGGACAACGUAAAUUUUCCUCAUUUAUCCACAGGGGGAGGAAGCAAACAGGGCAAAGCGAAGGCUGGAGCGAAGGGCAGCCUUCCAAGUAAAGUUAACACCCCGAACAAAGACAAUGCAAACGCAACUGCCAACGGUAGUGGUGGAAGUCUUGCCCCUUUCUCAAUGGCAUUCGAUAACAAUAACGCCAAAGCUGUUGGCGCGAAGAGCACCACAGAUGUAUCUAAUAAAAAACAGAGUGAGAAGAAAAAAUGGAAAAGCGGAAGUGGCGAUGUGCAGCUGAGCGAGGAGGACAAGAAGUUCCCUCCCCUUGUGAAUUCUACGUCUGUCAAAGCCGAAAGCACCAAGAAGAAAACGAACAAUCCUUCAGACCGGGAACUAGCAGACCUGAAGCAACUGACGAGCAUGUGCAAGCUUCCCCUGGAUGACUCCCUCUUGAACUUUCUAAAAAACUUCAAGAAGGCCGAGGAAAUUUACGCCUUCCUGCAGCACAGCGUGGAAGAUAAAAAGAAGCUGACCCAGUUUGCCAAGGAGUUUAUAAAAAUAAACAGCAGGAAUGACGAGAGUGGCCAAACUGCCAAGAAGAAGAAGUAA